ACAAUGCUAGUAACUAAAUAAAUAUCCAUAUUCAGAUGUCGUGUCGGGAAUUGGUGACACUGACUAUUACACUCUGAACGGUGUCGCCACGGAGCGGACAAUUCUUUCGGUUUCCCAUAAGUCGUAAACAUGGCUCUGACCGUAACAAAGAAAGCCAAAGGCUCAAGUAGCAAAAAACAAGCCCUUCGAGGUAAGGGCCAAAAAAAGAAAGUAUCCCUAAAGUUUACGAUCGACUGUACGCAUCCUGUGGAGGAUAAUAUUAUGGAUGUAGCCAAUUUUGAGAAAUACCUUCAAGAAAGAAUAAAAGUCAGCGGGAAAACAAACAAUUUUGGAAACAAUGUUACCAUUGAACGUAACAAAAUGAAACUUUCUGUUAAUAGUGAUAUUGAUUUUUCUAAACGAUAUCUCAAAUACUUGACAAAGAAAUAUUUGAAGAAGAACAAAUUGCGUGACUGGUUACGUGUAGUGUCACAAGAUAAAGAGACCUACGAGUUGAGAUAUUUCCAGAUUAAUAGUCAGGAAGACGACGACGAGGAGGACGCAGAGUAAAAUUUUAUUUUACAAACCAUUGCAGAAAAUUCUGUACAUAUUUCUAAAAAUAAAAUCAUAAAAAAAUUCUAAGAGUUUUAAAUAAAUUAAAAUAUACGUAUAUAUUAAUCAUUAAUCAACUUAGAUAUUUAGGAAGGUUCAUGAAAUUAGCGUAAAUAAAAUCGGAUAAGUUUUAUUUUUAAAUCUGUAAAUAAUAAAGUAUCGAAAACAUUAUAUAUACAUUAUACCAUAUAUAUGCAUGUAUUUUAUUGCAACAUCUUUGAGGAAAUAAGGAAAAGAUAAAUACUUUAAACUGCAUACGUAUGUAAGUAGAAAGUGAUACUUAUGAAAACCGUAUACGUGUCACGUGAUACUUGGCGACAAAUGGAAACUCUCCAUUCCUGUUUAUAACGAACAGGAGCGACUUAAUAUAAGGUAAUAUAGUGCCCGAAUAUUAACACGAUCAAAGAUACACAACGAAGUAUAUUAAACAUUUAUAUAUGUGUUUGUGUGUAUAUAUAUGUAUACAUAUAUAUAUAUAUAUAUAUAUAUUUAUAUUUAUAUAUAAAACAAAAUGUAAAAAAAUUUGCAACACAGAUCAGAAAAAAUCAUCUUUAACAGUCAUUUUGAUAAAUUUAUAAUACUACUUUACAUGUAAACAAAAAAUCCCAAAGAAUAUUUUUAAGGUAGAGGCGAAGUUGAUAUCUAUGUUCGACCCUGAUUUAUCAGCUUAUUCAUCUACGAUCUUCCUAUCAUCGAUUCGUAUUCGGUAACACGUAAAACGUGACUCUGCCAAUUAGAAAAAUAUCAUUCAGAGAAGUGAUCCUACGUUAAAACCCAUUGUAAGAUCGUUUUUUCGCAUUAAAUUGUCGAGUAUUAUUAACGCAGUAAAGAAUUGUGCAUUAAGACGAAGCUUAAGUGACAUACGGCGAUUGUUGUGACAGAAGCGUUGAGAAAGUUGUUCGUUUCGUCGUCUUUCUCUUUCUCUUUUUCCAUUUCUCUCUCUCUCUCUCUCUCUCUCUCUCCCCCCUUCUCUAAUAGUUUUCUUUUUUCAGUCAAUUGAAAGGUCUAAAAAAAAAAAAAAAAAAAAAAAAAAUUGAUAUUUCGCGCAUUGACGUGUAAAAAGGAAGUAUUAGACGGAAAAGUAUAUACAUACAUAUAUA